AUGGCUCCUUACAGCAGCUUUUCGACCCUGCAUCAAGCCAGGACUGACAGAGAUCCCAUCAAAUUGAGAAAGCCUGUAGUUGAAAAGAUGCGUCGUGACCGGAUCAACGGUUGCAUUGAGCAGCUUAAGGUCCUCCUGGAGAAGGAACUGCACCGCGAGGGAUGCUCCAAACUGGAGAAGGCCGAUGUGCUGGAGAUGACUGUGUGCUUCCUCAAACAGCAACUGGGACAGGUACAGAGAGCACCCAACAAGGAGGUCCAAGGAGCACCACACACACUCCCCCAGACCGAGGCCUGGCUGCGGGGCUCCACCACCAGCCCACAGCCCAGAGACACUGUUACCAACAGCGUCCCUGUUUGGAGGCCAUGGUGA